GUGUUUAAGCAGCUCAAGGAGUUGCGCGAAGACAUGGCCAGGAUGGCACAGCAGCACCGCGAUCAGCUGCAACAGUUUGCUAAUUCGCAGCAGGCUCAAAUCGUCUCUUCACUCACCUACCCUGCCUCCAAUGCUGCGUGUCAGUCCGGUUUUGCCCCUCUGACCACGUCUACUUCUUCUCCUUCUACUUCUUCUUCUUUGAGUGUGGUUAACAACCAAAGCGGAUCUGCAGCAAGUCCAGACCCCGCUGCUGCUGUUGCUGCAGCAGCAAGUGGUGGUGCAGGGACUUCUGGAACUGUUGCAGCCCCGGGCCCGGACCCAGCAAUGGCUGGGCCAGGCGGMAGCUUUGCUUACAUCGACAGGAAGGCGGCGCAGAUUCCGUCCAAGUAUGACGGAAAGGACGACGUCGAGUCUUGGAUCAGCUCUACGCGGUCCUACUUUGAUGUAUUGGGGACACCCCCGUCCACUCAGUCGGCUAUCCUGGGGACCAAUGUGGAGCCCGUCGUGCGGGGUUUCCUAGAAACCCAAGCUGUCCAAUCCGGCUAUAAGAAAAUAGACCUGAACAUUUGGCUAAAGGCUACGCCUACUGCCGCACUUGAGGAUCUCUUGAUCAAACAAUAUGCUAAUCCACAUGCUGCAGCUAAAGCAAGACUUAAGCUUGACAAGCUCAAACACAGCAAGUGGACCGGCACCAUGCACAGCCUGUAGUAGUAUGUUAGUAAACUCUUUGCUACUCCGGAUCUGGAGAUGACUGCGCAGUCCUGUUUGGAUGUGAUAAAAG